AUGCACGAAAGACCCAAGAAAACGUCACAUCUUUUGGGUGGCUUUAUUGGUGGUCUAACAUCUGCGGUUGUGUUGCAGCCAUUCGAUUUACUUAAGACCAGACUUCAGCAGAACAAAAGCUCCACACUUUUAACCGUUGUACGGUCAAUUAAUUCACCAGCUGAGCUAUGGAAGGGUACGGUUCCUUCAGCGCUCCGAACGUCUGUGGGUAGUGCUCUUUUUUUGUCAACCUUGAACGUGGUUAGAACCGCAAUUGCAGAGAGGAGAACAGGAGGCUCAAGAAACUCAACGAAAAGCAGCUUUUUACCCCAACUCUCAAUGUAUGAAAACCUUAUGUCAGGGGCCAUCACAAGAGCGACUGUUGGAUUUGUGACCAUGCCUAUAACCGUGUUGAAAGUGAGAUUCGAAUCAACUAUGUACCACUACAAGACUCUAGCAGAAGCUGCAAAACACAUAUACAUUUCAGAAGGAUUGGGCGGGCUCUUCAGUGGCUGGAAUGCCACUAUUCUUAGGGAUGCCCCAUAUGCAGGACUCUACGUUCUGUUUUAUGAACAGUCCAAACUGCACCUACCACAGUUCUUACCCUCAGCAUUGCUAAUUCGUGAUGAUCAAGGCAUGUAUUCGAGUAGGACAUCUACGAUUGUGAACUCCAUUGCCGCUUUUGGCUCUGCCAGUUUAGCGACUACGAUAACAUCACCUUUUGAUACGAUUAAGACCAGAAUGCAACUUAAUCCAAAACAAUACUCGAGUUUCCUACAAACAUUUUCUUCAAUACUAAAGAGCGAGCGGCCAAGGAAUCUGUUUGAUGGGUUGAGUCUGAGGUUGGCAAGAAAGGCAUUUAGUGCAGGUAUCGCAUGGGGGAUUUAUGAGGAAUUAAUAAAACGAUUCGUGUAA